UCGUCCAUCGCAUUCUGCUACAUUCAGAGUCGCAGAGAAUUGAACCCCGGCUACUGCUUCGGACCUUGACGCGCCAAAGACUUGCGUCAAAAACAGCCUUCUCUCCGCUUUGCAUUUGCUUUUGCCCAAGCAUAAAUUCUUUCCUCUCUCUCUUUCAAAACUCUUCCAAGGCAAAGGACACAACAAUUAUCGGUGUUUUCAGAUAGAUAAACCCUAUGGACCCGCUCCGAUCCAAUCUCUCUCGAGUUCGGAUUCCCGAACCCACCAAUCGCAUCUACAAGCAUGAAUGCUGCAUCUCAUUUGACACUCCGAGAUCUGAAGGUGGGUUGUUUGUUGACAUGAACACUUUUCUUGCAUUUGGGAAGGAUUAUGUGGGUUGGAACUAUGAGAAGACUGGAAACUCAGUUUAUUUGCACAUAAAUCAAACAAAGAAGUUGGUUCCUGAAGAUAGACCUUCAAAAAAACCGACUUUGUUGGCUAUAGGUGUUGAUGGAGGAUUUGACAACAAUGAACCUGAAUAUGAAGAGACUCACAAUAUAGUGAUAUUGCCUGAUUAUGUUACUUUUUCUUUUCCUUCUGUAGAGUUGCCAGAGAAGGUAAGGCUGGCAGUUGAUGCCAUAUUGAUGGCUGAAGGUGAAGAACGGAAGGAACAGCUGGCAGCUUGGACAGCUGAUAAGAAGCAAAUUAGUGCGUAUGCAAUGAAUCUACAACAGAUUGACAAUGGUGUUACUGUUCCUCCAUCUGGGUGGAAAUGUGCAAAGUGUGAGAAAAAAGAGAAUUUGUGGUUGAAUCUUACCGAUGGAAUGAUCCUUUGUGGACGGAAGAAUUGGGAUGGAAGUGGUGGCAAUAACCAUGCCAUUGAACACUACAACGAGACAAGAUAUCCUCUUGCUGUAAAACUUGGGACGAUUACUGCUGAUCUGGAAGCAGCAGAUGUUUUCUCUUAUCCAGAGGAUGAUGGUGUUUUGGAUCCACUUUUAGCACAGCAUCUGGCAUUUUUUGGCAUUGAUUUUUCAUCACUACAGAAGACUGAAAUGACAACUGCUGAAAGGGAACUUGACCAGAAUAUCAACUUUGAUUGGAACCGAAUACAAGAAAGUGGAGAGGAACUGGAGCCAAUUUUUGGACCAGGUUAUACAGGUCUUGUGAAUCUUGGAAACAGUUGCUACAUGGCAGCUACAAUGCAAGUUGUGUUCUCAACACGUUCUUUCUAUUCACGAUAUUAUAUGAACCUGAGCUUGAAAGUGGCAUUUGAGAUGGCUCCUGCCGAUCCAACUGUAGACUUAAAUAUGCAGUUAACCAAACUGGCACAUGGUAUGCUAUCUGGUAAAUACUCAGUUCCAGCAGUGGAGAAAGAUGAUAAUUCAAAUGCUGCAACCUCAGCAAGCUCUAAACAGGAAGGAAUACCUCCUCGUAUGUUCAAGUCAGUUAUUGCUGCCAGCCAUCCUGAGUUCUCUUCUAUGAGGCAACAGGAUGCAUUGGAAUUCUUCCUACAUUUUCUUGAUCAAGUUGAACGUGUUAAUGGUGGGAAACCUACUUUGGAUCCUUCAAGGAGUUUUAAGUUUGGUAUUGAGGAACGUAUCUUGUGUUCAUCUGGAAAGGUUGCUUAUAACAGAAGGCUUGACUAUAUUCUUUCUUUGAAUAUUCCUUUACAUGAAGCUACUAAUAAAGAAGAACUUGAGGCCUUCCAAAAGUCGAAAGCAGGAGAGGUUUCAGAAGGGAAAGAUGUAUCCAGUGAGGAAAUUGUACGCCCAAGGGUACCUCUAGAGGCAUGCCUUGCUAGCUUUUCAGCUCCUGAGCAGAUACAGGAUUUUUAUAGUACUGCCUUAAAGGCUAAGACAACAGCACAAAAGACUGCUGGGCUAACUUCAUUCCCUGAUUAUUUGGUGUUGCACAUGAGGAAAUUUGUCAUGGAGGAGGGCUGGGUGCCCAAAAAGCUUGAUGUAUAUAUAGAUGUUCCUGAUAUCAUAGAUAUCAGUCAUAUGCGAAGCAGAGGCCUUCAACCAGGGGAGGAGUUGUUGCCAGAUGGUGUUCCUGAGGUUGAGGCUGAAUCAAAUAAGCUUCUGGCCAAUGAGGAUAUUGUAUCGCAGCUUGUCUCAAUGGGGUUCAACCAUCUUCAUUGUGAGAAAGCUGCUAUAAAUACCUUAAACGCUGGAGUAGAAGAGGCAAUGAAUUGGUUACUUUCACACAUGGAUGAUCCAGAUAUAGAUCUUCCCAUUUCUCAAGAGGCACAAGGUACUGAAGUUGUUGACCAAUCCAAAAUUGAUACCCUGAUCUCAUUUGGUUUUCAAGAAGACAUAGCUCGAAAAGCACUGAAGGCAUCGGCUGGGGACAUUGAGAAAGCAACAGAUUGGAUAUUCAACAAUCCUGAUGCUUCUGUUUCAUCUGAUAUGGAUGCCACCACGUCAAGCAUCACACCUACUGCAGAUAAUACUGGACUGCCUGAUGGAGGAGGGAGAUACAGGCUUUUCGGAAUAGUGAGCCAUAUUGGAACUUCUACACAGUGCGGCCAUUAUGUUGCCCAUGUCCUAAAAGAUGGAAGAUGGGUUAUUUUCAACGACAGCAAGGUUGGAGCUUCUGUAAAUCCUCCAAAGGAUAUGGGGUAUUUGUACUUUUUUGAGAGGCUUGAUAGCUAGAAUUUACAAACCUCUUCAUUCCAUAGAUAGUAAAACGUUUAACAGCAGAAUGAUUUUGAGUUUCUUCUCGGCAGUUGGUGAUUUGUGUCAUGACCUUAUGUAGUUCUUAAAUGGCAAUCCUCAACAUUUUGGACUGA